GCAGAAUUCGGCGGAACACCGGCCGCUCCGUUAUCCGCAGUAAGAGCUGAGUUUUUCCUGUUUUGCUGAAGUUUUAACGCGUUUUAGCGCAGUUUUAUUGCUCUGAUUAUCUCGAGAUCUUUAUUCUUAAGGAGAAACCUCACUGAAGAUGCCUAACGAUGCCCGCGCUGAUGCUCUCGCUGAUGCCCAGUCCAAUGCCCACUCUGGGGCCCGGGCUGAUGCAUGUGCUGGUGCCCGCUCUGCUGAUGCCCGCUGUGAUGCCCGGCGGGUGCUGUUGUUGGGUGGGGGUUCGGCGCGGCGGCUGCUGGAGGUUUAUGUUCGGCGCAGUCUGAGUCUGAGCGACGGCGCCGGGCCGCGGGCGCAGCGGGUAAAGACCCGGAGGAAGUGGCCGGUUCAGGCCAGACGGGCAUCCAGCGAUAGCUCCACCCACCGGCUCUCCAUCCAGGGCGUCCUGCAGACCACGGACCCUCCAGAACCCCCUCGGUCCCGCGGGACGCCCGCAUCGUCCCGUCCCCCCGCGGGCGACACGGCGCCGAGCACCAGGACUCCAGACCCGGACAGGAGAUCGGUUCUGAGGACGUUCCUCAACUGGUUCUCCAAUAAAAGAUCUGAAACCAGAACAGAAGCUCCGCCUCCCGAACCCGAGACCCGACCCUCAGAACCGUCCCGACCGGAGAGGAGGAAGCGCUCGUUCAGGACGCUUUCCUUCCGGAACCAGAACAACAAAAAACCUCCACUCAGUCCCGACGACGUGAUCCGACUCCCCAACGCGGUGAUGGUGGAGCCGAGCAGUGUGUAUCUGGAGAAAGUGUCAGAGGAGUUGGAGAGGAUGGUGAAGGAGGUGAAGAGUCCGGGUGGAGGAUCAGAUGGAGAUUUCUCUGCUGCUGCUGGAGCUUCAGAACAUCCGUCUACCGCAGAGGAGGUGGUUGAGAGGAUGAUCAGUUUGUUGAAGCAGCACGGAGACGCCAUCGACGAGAAGAUUAAGAGGAACAGUGGGGUUCAUGCGUUUCUGCAGCGGCUCUCCUACAGUUCCUUCCAGCAGCUCGCCGACCGUUACCUGUCCCAGAUCCCCCCGCCCCCCCACCGGGUCACCAACACCACCCACACCUCCACCUGUACCACCAACACCUCCACCACCAGCAGCAGCAGCAGCUCGGCUCCGGAGCUGAUCCAGCUCGCCUUCACCCUCGACUUCACCGCCAGCAUCGCCCGACUCUCCAACCAAUCCCUCACCCGCAUCACCGGCUACGGCAACCGGUACCUGCAGGACCGCUUCACCCACAUAUGCUCCGCCCACACACAGGUGGAUGGAGAUGUGGAGGGACAGUGCAGCAGUGACCCUGAGUAGAAUCUGACUGUAGGAUCAGGUGGAGGUUCUGCAGGAGGUUCUG